CAGCCGCUCCAGUCAGCCUGCUUCUAGAAGGCCUGUCAGGCAGGGCAGUACCUGUGGCUGGUGAGCAGUGUCCGGCAUGUACCAGGCUGUUGCGUUCUUGGCAAUGGUUGUGGGAACCCACACCGUCAGUUUGCGGAUCCAGGAGGACUGCAGCCACUUACCCAGAUGCUGUCCCAGCAAACAACAAGAAUUCCCCGAGGAGUGGCUGAAGUGGAACCCUGCACCUGUGUCUCCCCCAGAGCCUCUGAGGCACACCCACCACCCAGAAUCCUGCAGGGCCAGCAAGGACGGCCCUCUCAACAGCAGGGCCAUCUCUCCUUGGAGCUAUGAGUUGGACAGGGACUUGAAUCGGGUCCCCCAGGAUCUGUACCAUGCUCGAUGCCUGUGCCCACACUGCGUCAGCCUACAGACAGGAUCUCACAUGGACCCAAUGGGCAACUCAGUACCACUCUACCACAACCAGACAGUCUUCUACCGGCGGCCAUGCCACGGCGAGCAAGGUGCCCACGGCCGUUACUGCUUGGAGCGCAGGCUCUACCGAGUCUCCUUGGCUUGUGUGUGUGUGCGGCCCCGUAUGAUGGCUUAGUCCUGCUUGCCACCUGCCUGAGGCUGAUCCCUUGUUGGGAGAAUGGGCCAGGGGUCCCUUGCCAAAGUGGGGCAGGGUACCUGGAUGUGAAGCCCUUCCAAAGCCCUACCUGAAGCAGCAGGAUCCUAGGACAAGAUGGAGGACUUGGGGAGAAACUCUGACUUUUGCACUUUUUAAAAGCACUUUUGGGAAGGAAUGGGUUCAGCUUGUGCUGCCGGAAGACGCUGUUGUGGCAGUUCCUCUCAGGAACAAACUCCAAAGGCCUGCUGACCCCUGGAAGCCAUAUUCCCGGUUCUUCCUUUCCUCUGAACCCCCCAGCCCAGCACUGGCACUUUCUUCACCCUGCCCCUUUUGCCUGCCAUUGCAUUUGUGAACGCCGACUCUGCUCACGGCCAGGUGCUUUGAAGCAGACGGCUCUGAGGCGAAAGUUGUUAUUGAACGUGAAGAGAUUUGUCCAAAUAAAUGUCUGUGUUUUAAAAUG